UUUCGGAGCAAUCGAGCAUUAGCGAUUUACUUUUGAGGACGCUGGUUUAUUAACGUACAAAAUGUCGGCCGAGGAAGUGAACCAAGUUGUGGAGUUGGGCGAGAUGGAAGCCCUCCAGGAAGUCCUGAAGAAGGCCCUCGUCCACGACGGCCUCAAGCGCGGCCUCCACGAAGCGGCCAAGGCCCUCGACUCGCGCCGUGCCCGCCUCUGCUGCCUCGCCCAGGACUGCGACGAGCCCUCGUACCAGAAGCUCGUCCGCGCGCUCUGCGAGGAGCACGGCGUGAACCUCAUCAUCGUUCCCUCGGGCAAGCAGCUCGGCGAGUGGUGCGGUCUCUGCAAGAUCGACGACAACGGUGAGGCCCGCAAGGUCGUCUCGACGUCGUGCGCCGUCAUCACCGACUUCGGUGAGGAGACCCACGCCCUCAACGUCCUCUUGAACUACCUCAAGAGCCGCGUCGAGGCCUAAACGCGCAGUUUGCUACUGAUGACACCCAAAUCCCGUCGUUAAUAGAAGAGACUCCGUUCUCCACCA